UGUUUCUAUGGACGAAUGUUUGAACAUCUUUUUCGAAGUUUGUUUACAAUGAAUGUUGUAGUUUCGUUGUUAAGAAAUAUUGCUUGGGAUAAAGUUAGGUGAAUAUGGUUCAUUUUGAUAAUCUAAAAGUGGGCACUCGUGUUCAAACUAACAGAGACGGUGAAAUCUUUCAAGGAACAGUACGAUUUAAAGGUGGAUUGAUUUCCCGAGAAGGAAAUUGGGUUGGAGUUGAACUGGAUAAACCAGCUGGUUACACAAGUGGAUUAAUCAAAGGCCAUAGGUAUUUUCAAUGUAAUGCUAAACAUGGAAUUUUCAUCAGACCCAGAAAAUUACAUUUGAUUGGAAACUGGAGGACAAUGAGUGGAAAUUCAUACCGAACUAUCAAUAAAGAAUCUUAUGUUGAUGACACAUUAUUUGCAAAGAAACCUGCAGGUAUAAACAAUGAGCAAAGGCAGUGGCAAGGCUACAAUAAUGGAAACAAAACUAUUGCUGCUGUUACACCUGAAUACAUUAGUUCAUCUAAAAGAGCUUUUUCAGUGCCAUUAACAUCACAUUGUCAAAUGGAAAGGAGGAUAAACUUUCACAAGAAGCACAGUGUUGGUCACACUGUAUCUCCUGCAGCUACCACGAAAGAUAAAAUUCGCAAUUCUCAUCGAAGUAGUAGAUGCUCAGAGAGAACGUUCAUACCUACUUCUCCUUCUAUACCAGACUAUCACCUACCUCGCAAAGUUCUUAAACGCAUGGUUCAAAAGGAGUACUUUGGUACAUCUAUUCCAAAACAAAACACUCUAUACUAAAAUAAGACCACACUUAAGACGCCAGAAGUAUGUACCCAGCUUAAAGAGCCUGAUACGUACCCUGAUCUGAUGGUUAACGAUGGAAACGUCAUUGAUCAUACAUGGCAAAAAUUCACCUUCCACUCAUCAACGUAUAUAGGUGUAAUCU